UUUAAUACAAAAAAAAAAAAAAAAGCACAAAAUUCUUCAAAAAUAAAAGUGCUAGUGUUUCGAAAAAAAAAUAAUGCAAUUACAUAACGUAUUUAUAAACUACUAGAUGAGAAAAGUUUCCAACUCAAAAUAACGUGAAAUACUCUUAAACAAAAUAAACUCAUUCUCAGCAAAAUUAAAUAAAAUAUUCUUUUUUUUAUUUAAUUAAAGAAAAACGUUAAAAUUAUUUAAAAUAAUUAAAGAAAACUAGAGCCCUGUUUUAAUGAUUUAUUUUUAGUUAAAACAACCAACAAGCAAAGCAACAAGCCAGCCAACUUGUGCAAAACACAACUAAAUAAUUUAUAAUUUUUUCAAAUACAACAAAAUUACAAAUUUUCAAAAUAAAAAUUUUCAACUUUCGUCAAGCUUACAUUUUUUUGUUUUCAAAAACACACAGAGCUCUAGUAAAAACCAAAAAAAAAAACACAACAUUUUUUUCUAAAUCAAAAAUUUAAAAGUUUGGGAUUUUAUUAAAAAAAAACAAAACAAAACAAAAAAUUAAACAAUUUUAAACACAAAAUUUCAAGAAAAAAAAAAAACAAAAAACCAACAUUAAAUCACAUUAUGGGAUUUUUGGCGAAUUCAUUAAGAAACCAACAACAAAUUGUAUUUUAUAGGCGUAUUUAAAACCAAAAAAAGCGGACUUUGUUAUCAAAAUUCAAAAUUUUCUUUUCGCAACAAAAGAAACAACUAAAAUAACCACGAGAAUAAAAAAAUAAAUAAAGUGAAAACAGCAAAUUUGUUUGGCUUAAAUUUCUUGCUAAAACAUCAACAAACCAACCAACCAACCACUUCACCACUUGGACCAGUCAAAAAAGUCAAUUUAUUAGAAAAAAAAAAUAUUAGAAAAAAGUGUUAAAACUUAUUUUAAGUUCUCUGAAAAAAAUCACACUUUUUGGCCCUAAACUCUAACAUUUGAAACGAAAACUAUUUUGAAUUAAAUAACUAUAAUUUUUUUUUGUUGUUAAUUUGAAUAAAAGCGUGUAUAUUGUUGUACGAGUAACGAGGACGAACUGUAACCUAAAAUCGAGCGUGUUUGAAAGUGGACGUUAAGAAAGUAUUAAGUGUAAAUUUUAAGCAAAAGUGCAACAACGUGUAACCACCAGAUCACAAGUGAGUGUUAAACAAAAGAUCACACAGAGCCAGAGUAACGGGGAAGCGAGCGGCAACAACGGCCAAGAUAAAUAAUUAUCUUAUGGAUUGCUGGACGGGUAACGCCCGACUGGCGAGUGUUUUAGUUUAAGGUAAGCUUUCAAAUUUGUGAACAAAAUCUCUAACAAUCUGGCAAAAUUUGUUAAAUAUUUCAGCGUAAGCUGUCACCGACAUGGGCAGUGAGCACUACUGCUUGAGGUGGAACAAUCAUCAAUCCAACCUGUUAGGGGUGUUUAGUCAAUUACUACAGGACGAGAGUCUGGUGGACGUCACAUUAGCUUGUUCAGAGGGCGCUCCCAUCAGAGCCCAUAAGGUGGUCCUCUCGGCCUGUUCAUCAUAUUUCCAGAGCCUAUUUCUGGACCACCCCGAAAAACAUCCAAUUGUGAUACUAAAGGACGUCCGUUUUGCCGAACUGCAAACAUUAGUUGAAUUCAUGUAUAAAGGCGAAGUAAACGUGCAAUAUUGUCAGUUAUCGGCAUUGCUGAAAACGGCCGAGUCUUUAAAGGUUAAGGGUUUAGCAGAAAUGACAAAUCAGAAUACAACUCUAAGAGAACCAGAACGUGAACCCGAACGUCUACGACCUCAUUCACAGCCCUGUAAACGUAGUAACUCUUGUGACAGUCCAGUCGAUGCAACACUCUCCGGACCCUCAACAUCGGCCGCAACAUCAGCAGCAGCAGUAGCCUCACUAUCAUCCACGCAGCAUGCAGCAGCAUUAGCAGCCUCAGCACUAACAACAGCAACAAUAGCAUCAAAUGCCGCCUCUUCAACAUCUGCCACAACAAAUGCUACAACAUGCACAAUUGCCCCCUCAGCCACCUCUUUAGUAGCGGCUGCAUUCAGCAGCAGCAUCCUCAGCAGUCAUCAAGCCAGCUCAGUGAGUUCAAAACGUGAACAUCCAAGUGAACGCUGCAGUCCCUCACCACCAAAACGUUUGCAGCAUGCAAAACAUGAGCAAGACUCUCCACUACUACCCUUAGAUCUCUAUCAAAGACGUUUAGAACAGCAUCAGCAACAGGAAGACACCAAGGAAAAUGCAAUUGUAAAUAAUAAUAAUACAAAUGAGAAACAUAGAAGUACAACGCCCCAUACAGCAACAAGCGGGACCACACAAAAGCAUAGUAGCAGUAGUGAGGGUGGUGGUGGCGGCGGUAGCGGUAGCGGCGUCAGUGGAGAAGGGAUCAAGAAACGCGAUGAUAUAGAAAGAGAUUCAAUUAGAAGUUUUAAUUCACCCGACAGAUUAGCCAGGCAUGAUGUAAAUAGACCCACUGACGAUACAAUGGGCGGCGUUGAAGGUAUGUCGUCGUCAGGUGGUGUGGAGAAAAUCGAAGAUGUUGAAGAUGUCGAAUAUGGAGACGAAGAAAUGGAAUUGGAUGAUGACGGUGAUAACAAUUCGGAGGAUGUGUGUUUAAAUAUGAAAAUUCGCAGCAGUAGUUUAGCGGCCGCUUUAGUUAGUCCACAAUUGUCAGCGCAUAGGGCGGGUUUAGAGAGUUCUGGUCAUGGUGGCGUUGGUGUCGGCGAAGGUGGUGUAGAUUCAGCUCGCUCUACCCCUUUAACCACAACGAUACCCUUGACUUUUGAUUCACACUCACAACGUCCAGCUUCACGUAGUUCAAGAGAAGGUUCAGGUCUGGAUCGUCCCAGCAGUAGGGGUGGUCUAAGCGGUUUACCCUCUACCUCAGCUAGUGCUAUGGCUGGUGGUUUAAGUCCUGUCUCAUCAACGGCGGCAGCUUUGGGUCUGCACAGUGAUACCGUGCCGGGACCUUCGGGUUUGGGACCAGUGCAGUCGGUGCCUUUGUCUCUCAAAAAAGAAAUCGAUUGCAGUGAAGACGAUAACAGCAAUAGCCGCCAUCAUCUGCAGCCUCGUUCGGCUUCGGCCAGCGGUGUUUUGGGCGGUGAACUCGAUUAUCGCACUCCUCAUGAAUCGCUGUUACGUAACUUUGGUAUGGCCACCAGAUGUCCAACGCCGUUUGCUUUUCCCUUUACACCCCUGGGUUUGAGUUUAUUUGAUAUUGAUCCGUCCAGAAUAUUAACAAUGUUGCAUCAUCAAACUUGGUUAGCAGAGGAAGCUUUAAGAAAUCGCGGUUUGCUAACACCUCCACCCACAUCGAAGGAUUUUAGCCAACGUUUUAAUCCUUUAAGCGAUUUACUUUCCAAAGAUUAUCAUGCCAAUCAUAUGCAUCUUAACACUGCCGAUUUAUUAGCUAGAUCAUCAUUAUCAUCAGCAGCCUUAGCUGCAUCAUCAGCCUCAGCCGCCCAUUUUGGGGGUCCUACGGAUUUAGCUAACAAACAACAACAACAAACACAGCAACACCGUUCCACACCACAGCAACAGCAGUACAAACAACAGCAACCACCUUUUAAUAUACGUUAUCCGUCACCAGCUGCAUUUUUUCAUCAGCAACAUCAACAACAACAACUGCAGCAACAAUUACAAACACAAAAACUAAACAAGUCAACUAGACAAAGCACACCCUCACCCCAACAAACUGCCACCUCCAGCGGUCCAUCUCUGUUGAGUGGUUCUUCUUCAACAUCGCUAUCAUCUCUGCACAAAAGCUCCGAACGCUCAUUGACCCCGUGUCACAAGGACGACGACAAUGAUGCUGUUAUCGAAUUGACGACCAGCCAUCAUGAUGAAGCAGCUGCUAUAAGAGAUCGUGAUAGUGGCAAUUCAAGUGCCGCCACUACCAGUUCCAUUACCUCAUCGAUGCUUUAUAAAGAUUCCUUAGAACAACUAUUACAACGCCGUCAUUCCAGUGGAAUGUUGACGGGUGAAUCGAGUUUAAAGUCGUAUUCACAGCUUUUAUUGAAUUCAACCACCCCAACUGAUACCUCAAGUUGCAAGGAGAAAAGCUCCUCUUCAUCUACCUCAUCUACGCCACCACCGGCUCCGGGCACACCAGGUCAACUGUCGCUCAGCCGCAGCAGUCUGUUGAAAAGUCCCUCGGAUACCUCAUCACUGUUCAGUGAACCCAUUGAGGAGGAGACCCGCUGCAUAGUGUGCAAUGCUCAGUUUCCCAAUGUUUGGCUGCUGGAACAACAUGCCGCUCUGCAGCAUCCCCUUUUGGGACCAGGUGAGGAAAAACCUUUUAUUUGUGAACAAUGUGGUCAAUCCUAUCGAUAUCGUUCAGCUUAUGCCAAACACAAAGAAACCAAUCAUCGGGCCCGUUUACCAGCCGACAAACUUUUUACAUGUGACGUUUGUGGCAUGCAAUUUCGCUAUUUGAAAUCCUUCAAAAAGCACAGAUUGAAUCAUGCCUUAGAACGUUUACAUGGCAAAAAGGGCAAGAAUCCGUUUGCCGCGCACUUGCAACAACAGAUGCAGGAACACGAAAUGGUGUCCAGUUCUCAGGAACCCAAUAUGAUGAUGGCUGAUACUGAGACUGUCGAGGAUUUGCGUAUCAACAUUAAGAAGGAGAGAGACGAAGAGGAACAGCAGCAGCAGCUGCAUCAACAAAAACAUGAUGAGGAUCAAGAUGCCACCGUAGAUUCCGCUGGUUUAAUGAGUUACCAAGAUAACCCGGCCUCAAGCAACCUAACAAUGCAGACCAACAACAACAACAACAAUGAGCCUAACAUAAGCAGCUCUGAAGGAAUAUAUAGUACAAAUAAGAGGACUCGUCUUCUUCAAGCUUCUCUGGAAUCGGAUUCCCCCUAUCACUCAAAUCAUCAACAACAGCAACAUGCACCACCACAACAUCACCCACAUACUUUGGUACAUCACCCACACUUAACACCUCAACUGCCUGGGCAUUUGGCUCACAAUAUGUCGGCUAUGGCGGCUGCUGCAGCCGCAGCAGCUACCACACCCCAGCAUCAGCAACAAAUGACACCUCAAACAGCACAGCAAGCGGCAGUAGCAGCUGCAGCAGCCGCUGCUAAUUCCAUGAAUUCUUUAAAUUCUCUCAACUCUAUAACAUCGCUUAUCAAUGCUGAACGUUUGCCCAACGAACAAUUUCUGGGACUAAAUCCACAAGAAGCCUCUAUACUCAAUUUCCUAAGAGUGGAUGCUCAGGAAAGGCAAAGAGACAAAAGACCUCCAGCCUCCCGUUUUGCUUGCCCGUUCUGUGGCAAAUGUGUACGUUCUAAGGAAAAUUUAAAACUACAUGUGCGCAAACAUACCGGCGAACGUCCCUUUGUUUGCCUCUUCUGUGGCCGCGCUUUCGGUGGCAAAUCCGAUCUGACACGUCACUUGCGCAUACACACCGGCGAGAGACCGUAUCAUUGCGAAUCGUGUGGCAAAUGUUUUGCCCGAGCCGAUUACCUCUCCAAACAUCUAACUACACACAUUCACAAUGCUCCACGCUGAGAUGAGGCGCGAAGGAGACGACUCCUUCGCCGUUAGAUUUAAUAGCUGCUGCAACCAACACGAUACCGCUUAAAAACUUAGAUCAAUUGUUAAACAAAAAGAAAAUCAAACAACAAAACAAAAUUUAAUAUGUCCUCGACAUAUGGAAUUUAGCAUAUAAUACGUAAGAUCUUGGGGUUUAUAAUAGAUUUUAUAAGAUACUCGUAUGUAUAGAGAAAGAAAUCAUACAAAACAAAAGAUUCUUACCGGAAUCUUUACC